AUUAACACGGUGAAAACAAGCGAAGCGGAGUGACAUUGGUGGGACCGCCCCUCCAUUUCAGCUGCCAAACCGCAAACCUCCGUUGCCUUUUUGCAAUUCCAGUUCUUUCCUCCUCCAGAUCUACUUCGCUCUAGGAAAACACAGCCCUCGUCAUUUGAGGCUCGCCGCCACUACGCUUCGUUGACGCGAUGAAGCCGGUUCAGCAUCAAUAGAGAUGAUUCGCUCCAUCACUACCACGCAGAUUCAUGCUUGGUCUUGAAGAAGAACGAUGCGAUCACAGUUGAGCUCGAACUGCGUGUUUACAGUAAAUUCAUCGUCUUUUCGUGCAAGACCAUGCGAAACUCCUGCACCACCUAAAACACGAUCGCGUUUCACUUCUUCGUCCAUCCCUCACAUGGAGUCCCCGCUACUAUCCUCUGCUUAUGCAGUCAUCCCGUCGUCGUCUGCUUCUUUGCCGCUGUCACGUGGCUUACGCAAUCACCGCUCUUCAACGACGUCCGGUACCUCGUCUGCACCUUGUGUGACGUUCACUUCGCGCUCCUGCUUUUCGCCUGCUAUUCGGCCGUGUGCUCUAGGGAUCUCGCAGCCUUCGUCUUCGUCUGCCUCGCGCAAUGGGCACGCUCGGGCAUCGCCAGGAAGCAACCAUCAUCGCCGCAUGCCGCUCGGCGAAUGCCGGCCGGCCGGUGACGCGGCCAUGCGGCACUGCGCUGGCCCGCGCUCCGCUGGCAGCAGCCGACGCCCAACGCUGCUUCCAGCUCUCGCAGCGUGGCUGGCGGUGCUGAGCGGUGGUGCGCUGGCGUCACCGGGCGUCACCGGACCAGCCAACAACGCGUCGGUGCGGUUCCUCGUGUUCGGCGACUGGGGUGGUCUGCCUUUCUACCCGUACACGACGCGCAUCCAACGGAACCUGGCCAAGACCAUGGCGGUCGUGGCAGCUGCCAAGCGCAUCGACUUCGUCCUCUCUCUCGGGGACAAUUUCUACUUCAAGGGUGUCCGUUCGGUUGACGACCGACGCUUUAAGGCACGUACUCUAAAGAGGACCUUUGAGGACGUGUACUCGGCGCCAUCGCUUCAAGUUCCGUGGCUCAUCGUGGCUGGAAACCACGACCAUGACGGCAACGUGUCGGCCCAGAUAGAGUACAGCAAGAGGUCCAAGCGCUGGCACUUCCCGUUCUACUACUACAAUAAAACUUACCAGAUUCCGGGUGCGGCUAACCAUACCUUGGACAUCCUGAUGCUGGACACAGUGUUGCUUUGCGGAAACACAGAUCCGGAUGAUGAAGAGUCUCAACCUGUGUUGCUGAACAGGAACGAGGCACUCUACAACCGACAGUUCCGUUGGAUCAACAAAAUCCUUGCACAGUCUGAAGCCCGCUACGUGCUGGUCGCCGGCCACUACCCCAUCUACUCAGCCUGCUCUCACGGGACCACUAAAUGCCUUGAGAGAGACCUGGACCCCCUGCUACAAAAGUACCGUGUCAACGCCUAUCUGGCAGGGCAUGACCACGACCUACAGCACAUUCGUCCUGAGCGGCUCGGAUGGAACGUGGAGUAUUUCGUCAGUGGCUGCGCCAACUUCAUCAACCCUUCGUUGAUACACCGGCGCUCCCUUCCUCGGAACUCUCUAAAGUUCGCCUGGGCCUCUGUGUUCAGCUACGGUGGGUUCGCCUACAUGGAGGUUGCAGAAGACUCCAUGGUGAUCACUUUCUAUGACUCCGGUGGCAAAAUCCUCCACGAGAACGUCAUGAAACCCAGGCCGCCUGCCGCCGAACAUGAAAAAUCACGCCGCUGAAUGCGACUGUCCCAGUGCUGCUGCCACACGCUACUUCUGUUGUCUUUUUCAUGUGAUUUCCUUAUUUCCUUAUGUUAUUCCUGUUUUUCAAUAUUUCCUUAUUGUUGCAAUUCGGACCGUCAUAAAUUUCUCCCGCAUAAAGAAAGAAGUGGCCGAAUGUA